AUGUAUUUAGUCGUAGAAUUUAUAAAUGAGAAGCCUGUGGCCGUUGUGGCCAAUUCGUGGCUCGUGGCUGACAACGUGGUUAUGUGGCCGAAAUCAGACAAGAAGCGAACGUCCCUGCUGGAGCGUAAUGAGCGCCCACCUGACGGGACACCCGUGCACCCGCUCAGGGUCUUGAGUGAAAGUUUAACUCUGGCGCUGGCUCGUCAACGCGUCGAAAAAGCGUUAAUCCCAGUCGCUUACCCGUCUGACUCCGACACCGAGGAGGAUGAGUCUGAGGAUGAGGCCUCCGUGACGUCCAAGAAGUUAGCGCAGUGGCCUUCAAUGGAGCCACGGCCGUGA